AUGGAAACUCGAGCAAAUAAUCUUAAUUUGACUGAAAAAGAAGAAGAGGUGCUUAUUCAGUAUAUUAUCGAUAUGGAUGAAAGAGGAUUUGCAUCUAAAUUAAGUGGUGUAGAAGAUAUGGCGAAUUAUAUUCUUGAAUCAAGAGGUGCGAAGAGAGUUGGAAAGCUCUGGGCUCAUCGAUUCGUAAAGCGUUGUACAAAAUUAAAGAUGCGUUUUAGUUGUGUUUAUGACUUUCAAAGAGCUCUUUGCGAAGAUCCCAAGCUUAUUGAAGAGUGGUUUCGAUUGGUAUCGAAUAUGCAGGCGAAAUAUGGUAUUCAAGAUUGCGAUUUCUACAACUUCGACGAAACCGGCUUUAUGAUGGGUAUAAUAUGCCCUGGAAUGGUUGUAACUAGUUCUGAAAGAAAUGGCAGAAACAAGGCAAUACAAUCAGGCAAUCGAGAAUGGGCUACGGCAAUUAUAUGUGGUAAUGGAGAAGGUUUAGAAUGGUUAAAGCACUUCGAUAAAUAUACUAGUCAACGAAGAAAGAGCAAAUAUCGAAUGUUAGUAUUGGAUGGGUAUGAAAGUCAUGAAUCGAUACCUUUCCAAUCAUAUUGCAAGUCAAAUGACAUUAUAUGUGUAAAGUUACCAUCGCAUUCAAGUCAUUUAACUCAACCACUUGAUGUUGGAUGUUUUAGCGUACUCAAACGUUCAUAUAGUUGUCAAGUUGAUGAGUUUAUCAAGGCAUAUAUCAAUCAUAUUUCUAAGGUUGAAUUCUUUAUAGCUUUCAAAGUUGUAUAUCAACAAUCGAUUACAAUUCAGAAUAUGAAAGCUGGCUUUCGAGGAGCAGGACUAAUACCAUUUGAUCCUCAAGCUGUGUUUUCGAAAUUAGAUAUUCGAAUUCGCACACCUACCCCUCCAUCGAUCCUUUUGGAAUCUGCCAACUCUUGGGUCUCUCAAACACCUCACAAUCCAAUUGAAGCUCUUUUACAAUCAAUUUUAGUGAAAUCUCGAAUUGCUCGACAUCAAUCAAGCUCUCCUACACCUAUAUUCGAAACUAUAGUUGCAUUAGCUAAGGGUACAGAACGACUAGCUUAUGAGAAUAUACUCUUAAGUAUAGAGAUUUGUAUGCUUCGGAAGGCAAAUGAGGCAUUAAGCAAACGUCGACACAUUAAAAAAACUCAAUUACAUCAAGGAAGAGUACUUAUUGGUCAGGAAGCUAUAGAUAUAAUAUCACAACAAGAGGUGGAUAUUCAGAUUCGACGCGACGAGCGUCAAAAUAAGGGAAAUUCCAAUGGGGAAUCAUCUACUAAUCGAUGCUGUAGUAAAUGUGGAAAGACUGGUCACAAUUCAAGAACUUGUUCUAAUAAUAUAAUAGACCCUAGAUUAUUAGAUUCUUAA